AUGAUCUACAUAAGCUUGGCUCAUUUUUAUAUUCCAAAGAUUCUCUGUUUCCUCUCAAUAGUCAUCAACACAUUAUUCAUCAAUCUGGCCUACAGAAAAUCUUCACAAUCAAUUCGAAAAUACAAAUAUCUUCUCAUAACCUUUUCUUGUGUCAAUUUAUGCACAACUCUUCUCGAAUUAGUUGUUCCGAUUUCAACUGAAAGUUUUCAAUUUAGUUUCAUCGUAUUUGUUUCGGAAAGUAUAAUCUAUAAAUAUCGAGAUGUUUGUCAAUUCUUGUUGGUUUUGCGAUGUUCAAUGGUUGCCUAUACAUUUGGAUUGAUUUCAGUUCAUUUUCUCUAUCGAUAUUUUGCAAUCUGUCAAAAUCAUUGGAUCGUUCACUUUUUCAAACCAAGAUUCAUUUUUCUAACAGUGAUUUCUGUUUUGAUUUAUGGUUCCUCGUGGCUUUUCCUAAUGGCACAAUAUACGUGGCCAGGCGAAAUGAUUAGACAAGAAUUGGACAAUGAUUUUGUGCGAACAUAUAAAGAGACAACUGAAAAUGUACCAUUUAUUGUAGCGAGUUAUAAUGUAAGUUUCUAGUUGGAAUAUUUCCAGGAAAAAUCGAUAAAUUUUCAGGCUGAUUCGGAAAAAAAUGGGAUGCUUGCUGUGAUCUUGGCAGCAAUUAUUCUUUUUAUUUCAUUGAUCUUCGAUGCAGUUUUAGCCAACAGAAUUCACAAUUCUAUCAAAAUUUUGAGUUUAAGUGACUAUGUGAAACGUGUUCAUCGAAAUCUAUUGAUAACUUUGAUUAUUCAAACAACGAUUCCAUCGAUUCUCACAUUUUUUCCAUGUUUGGUUCUCUGGUUUUACCCAUUUUUUAAUUUGAACUGGAGUUAUUAUGGCAACUCAAUAUUUAUACCAAUCGUCAAUUGUUAUCCAAUUAUUGAUCCAAUUGUUAUUUCGUUGGCUUUGAAUGAUUAUAGAAUUGUUUUGUUCAAAUAUUUCAAAAAGAAAAAGCCGAUUUGUGUUCCUAACACUUCAAUGUUUUUUACAACGAUGCUGUAAUCUACGUAAUGGUUUAUUCAAAAUUGUGUUGUUUCAAUAAAAGUAGCUGGAUUUGUUAAAAUUCGUUUGAAGAACUCGAAUUUAUUCAUAAAUUUUAUACUCUUAAAAUGUCCUUGUUGCUGUUUUAUUAUUAUCGAUCAAUUUUGUUCAAAGAAAACUAUGAUCCAUGUUCAGAACAUUUCAGAUUUCACAUAAAAUCAAACUGUUUUUUUCUUUCUCAAAAAUGAAAAUUCGAAAAGAUCUUCGACCACUCCCAUCAAUUUGUACUAUUUCUAUUUUAUCUUUUUCGAUUUUCACCGAACAAAAACCUUAUAUUUUCUUGUUGUUUCAAAAUUUAUUAUCAACUAACUAACCACAAGACAGAAAAUGCAAAAAGAAUCCGAUUUUUUCGAAAAAAUAAAUUUCAAACUAAUUUUGAAGAUUGUUUUGGCAAUUUUUGCAGUUUUGCUCGUGAUUUUCGUGAUUUUUGCUAUAUAUUUUGCUACUUCUUAUACAUAUUUGGACAAAAAAUUGAUUUGUAAAAAUGCGGAUGUUCGGGUGGCCAGGGAAUGUUUACAUGUGAGUUUUUGAAAAUUUUGAAAUUGAAUUUCUCGCGCCGAAAAUUUUUUUCAAUUAUUUUUUUUCCAGAAAAUCGGUCGCCUUGAGAAUCUCUCAAAAUCCCUACCGUAUGGCUACAGUAACCCGGAAAAGUUUGAAGAACUCUCGAUUUUAUGCAAGCAAACUGAUGUGAGUACUUAUAUUUUCAGACAAAAAUUUUCAGCCAAAAAUUUCCAGAAAUGCCUUUCAAUGAGCUCCUGCUUGAAUGUGAUUCCAAAUUUUGAAUACGUGGAAAUUCUAUGCGAAAUUUCACAUUACUCUUCAGGAAGUCUCAAAACCUGUUUUUCGAAUUUGAAUAAUUUUUUCACGGCGAAAAAUGAGUCUAGUCAAUGUUUGGAUCUUUUAUUCAACCAAAACCACAAAAUUAAAAUGGUACGGAAUUUUUUUUUGAAAUUUUUGAAAUUUUUCAACUUAAUCUUUUAAAUUCCAGCAAGACUGCUCAAAAUAUUUCGAAAAUCAAAACUGCGUGCAUCAAAAUGUGGCUGAAAUUUGUGGCGAUGAAAAAAUUGCAAACUUCAAAAGUUUCGAGGAACUUUGGCUAAGUCGAUUGGAUUGUUAG